AUGUAUAUUCUUCCAUUAGGAUGCCUGUGCGCAUUCCUGGCUAUCCUGACGGAUGCCGCAUCUACCUUUUCUCCUGCUCGUCCUCCAGCCCUGCCCCUAGUAGUCAAGUCCCCCUACUUGAGUACUUGGUUGCCCGCUGGACAAGAUGGCGGAAAUGGUGGCUAUUUGGCGGGCGAAUGGCCAACCUUUUGGGAAGGCCAGGUUACUGGUUGGGCUGGUUUAAUUCGUGUUGAUGGCCAGGUCUACACAUGGAUGGGACUACCAGGCUCCACUACUGUGGACCAAACUGCAUAUGAGUACACCUCCACGAAAAGCAUCUUCACUAUGCACGUUGGUGAUAAGGUGGAGAUGAAAAUAACCUUUCUCUCACCAAUCACUCCAAAUGAUCUCCGACGACAGUCCCUCGUGUUUUCGUAUCUUGAUGUUAGCGUGAGCUCCCUCGACGGAGAGUCUCACAACGUGCAGGUGUACGCCGACAUAUCAGCUGAAUGGGUGUCUGGCGACCGUUCUGCCAUUGCACAGUGGGAUUAUGGUGUAACCGGCGACGGUGUUGCCUAUCACAAGGUCCAUCGCCAAACGCCGCUCCUCUUCUCUGAAAAUAGAGACCAGGCCGAAUGGGGGGACUGGUAUUGGGCAACUGAUAAUGGAGCAGGUCUUACCUACCAGGCUGGGGCAGAUGUUGAUGUGCGCGGGGCAUUCGCGAGUAACGGAAGGCUGAGCAAUACAAAUGAUGCUGGCUAUAGGGCUAUCUCCGAUAACUGGCCAGUAUUUGGCUUUGCUCAUGACCUUGGGUCCAUCCAAUCUUCUAUUGGGGUACUGUUCUCAAUAGGUCUAACACAACCGGAAGCAAUCCAAUACACUGGUAGCUCUGAUACGCUCAGCCCUGUGUCUUCUUUGUGGACAAGUUACUUCAGCACUGGACUAGAUGCCCUCAAUUUCUUCCACCAUGAUUACCAGGAAGCGAACUCUCUGUCUUCAGACCUUGACGAGCGAGUUGCUCGAGAUUCCAUUGCUGCUGCUGGCCGAGACUAUCUUACAAUCACAUCCCUUAGCAUUCGUCAAGCUUUUGCCGCAACCCAGCUGUGUGGACCAGAAGACAGUCCAUAUCUCUUUAUGAAGGAAAUAUCUUCAAAUGGCAACAUGAAUACGAUAGAUGUCAUAUUCCCUGCACACCCAGUCUUCUUAUACACCAACCCAGACUUUCUCAAGUACAUUCUACGACCGCACUUCGAGAUUCAGGAAUCCAGGCACUACCCCAAUUCCUAUGCCAUGCACGACAUCGGCUCACAUUAUCCCAACGCCACGGGUCAUCCAGAUGGGAAUGAUGAGCCAAUGCCAUUGGAGGAGUGCGGCAAUAACGUGAUCAUGGCUCUGGCAUUUGCACAGAAAUCUGGCGACACUGCAUACCUCGAGAGUCACUACGCAAUACUGAGGCAAUGGACUGACUAUUUAAUUGAAGACGCCCUUUAUCCAGCCAACCAAAUAUCGACGGAUGAUUUUGCUGGUCCGCUAGCGAACCAAACCAACCUUGCCCUAAAGGGAAUCAUCGGUAUCGAGGCCAUGUCAGUCAUCGCAGAUCUGGUCACAAAUACCAAUGAUGCGUCGAAUCUCACCAACUACGCCCAUGACUAUAUCGAGGCGUGGCAGACCCUGGGCAUUGCACGUAGUGGAGCCCAGUCGCAUACGACGUUGUCAUACGGAUCGGACGACUCCCAUGGACUUCUUUACAAUCUCUACGCUGAUCGCGAACUGGGCCUGAACUUGGUCCCGCAAUCCGUGUACGACAUGCAAAGUGAUUUCUACCCAACUAUCCAGGAGGAAUACGGUGUGCCACUGGAUACCCGACACCUAUACACUAAGAGUGAUUGGCAACUCUUUGCAGCGGCGAUUGCGUCGACAAGUACACGAGAUAUGUUCAUCCAGCAUCUUGCCAAGUGGAUAAAUCAGACACCGACAAGUCGUCCCCUCACGGAUCUUUAUGACACUGUAACUGGAGGCUAUCCGCCUGUUGUUUUUAUCGCCCGACCUGUCAUGGGUGGCGCCUUUGCCCUGUUGCUGCUUGAGACAAGCUCGUGA